GGACGUGUUGUUGUCUUUAGCUCAGCGUUUGCUAGCACACAAAAGAAUAUUCUUCUGUCUCCGUACCUGAUGUCGCGAAUAUAACUGCCAGGAUGAUGGAAUCGUGCCUGAACCACAAGCCUGGUAGACGGGAACAGACAGAGGUCGACGAACUGAAGAGAGACCUCUCAUCAGAGUUCAGUCCCUUACCAGACCCGCAGCGUUCCAGCGGUGAGGAGAGAGAACACCUUCAGGUCUACCUCCGAAUCCGACCCUUCACCUCGGCAGAGAGCAAUAAUGGAGAGUCACAGGAUUGUGUUGCCAUCGAGCCUCCUGACACAGUUCUGCUGAAGCCUCCCAGUCUGUCCCUCUCAGGGAGGCUUAGCUCAGACAAAUCACUUCCACAGACUGGGCAGCGCUUCCAGUUCUCAAAGGUGUAUGGUCCUGAGACGACACAGAGAGAGCUGUUUGAAGGCACAGUAAAGGAUUUGGUGAAAGACGUCCUUGAAGGGGGAAACUCUCUGGUUUUCACUUAUGGAGUCACCAACGCAGGGAAGACCUUCACAUUCUUAGGUCCAGAUGCUGAUGCCGGUAUCCUGCCCAGGUCUCUUAAUGUGAUCUUCAACAGUAUUGAUGAGCAGGUUUUCAGUGGAAUGAGCAUCAAACCUCACCGCUGCCGAGAGUUCACACGACUCACGAAGGAGCAGCAGACUGAGGAGGUGUUGUUCAAGAGAAACCUCUUCAAGCAACUUAAAGAGAGUGAGAAGAGCAACGCCAGCCUUUUGAACUUGACCAAUAAGACUCUCCUUGAAGGUGCCUCCAUACUGGGGGUGUCUGGAGCAGCAGAGGACAAAAUCAGCCUGGAGGUGGAAACGCACACGAAGUUCUCUGUCUGGGUUUCUUUCUGUGAAAUCUACAAUGAGAACAUUCACGACCUCCUGGAGGUCGUACCCAGUGGGGCUCCGAGGAGGACAGUGCUGCGUCUGUCCCAGGAUGUCAAGGGCAACGCUUUUGUCAAAGAUCUGCGUUGGAUUCAGGUAAAUAGUGCAGAAGAGGCUUACAAGGUGAUGAAGCUGGGCAAGAAGAACCAGAGCUUCUCCUCCACCCGACUCAACCAGCUCUCCAGCAGGAGUCACAGUAUUUUUUCCAUUCGCAUUUUGAGGAUUGAGGAUAUUGGGACUCCAAGGGUCCACACAGUCAGUGAGUUGUGUCUGUGUGACCUGGCUGGCUCGGAGCGAUGUGCCAAAACCCAGAAUAAGGGAGAUCGUCUGAAAGAAGCUGGAAACAUCAACACCUCACUGCUCAUCCUGGGAAAAUGCAUCAACGCACUGCGACACAAUCAGCAGGCAAAGCUGCUUCAGCAUGUUCCUUUCAGGGAAAGCAAGCUCACACACUACCUGCAGGGCUUUUUCUGUGGUCGAGGUAAAGCCUGCAUGAUCGUCAACAUCAACCAGUGUGCCUCCAUGUAUGACGAGACCCUCAACGUCCUCAAAUUCUCUGCUGUGGCACAGAAGGUUGUGGUUCUGUCCACAAGGCUCCUUCCCACCAUACCCCAGAGGUCUGCCAGUGAGGUAUCCUUCAUCAUCGACAAUGCUGACAGGAAGGCUCUUCAGAGCAGCAGGAGGAGCUCCUUGAAUGGCUGGGAGAGUAGCCUCGAGGAUGUUCAGGAGGAUGUUGGUGAUGAGUAUGAGGAAGAAAACAGCCUGAUGGAGGACACAAUGGAUCAGACUGGCAAUGAAGACGAUGAUGAUGAUGAAAAUGAUGAUAAAAUUCUCAUCAGUAAAAAGACGCACCAGAGGCAGGCGGCUGUGUUGAAACAGCUACAGGUGCAGCUGAAGAAGGAGCGAGCGGAGAGUCUGCUCAUGGAGGCGCGAGUGAGAGAGGAGAUCAGCCGAGAGUUCUCCGAGCUGUUCUCUGAGAUGCAGAACGACUACAAUGACCGUCUGGGGAGGGAGAGAGAGAUCUUGGAGGAGCGAGCAGAAAGGAGACUCGAGAUCUUCAAGAACCUUAUCGACAAAAUGGCCAAAGCUGGAACCAGUCAAGACACACAGGCCAUGGACACGUCUCUGGACUCCUACUCCUCUGAAUUAGCAGACAUAAAGAAGGCCGCUGAGGCUGCUCAGAGGUGUCUGGGUUCAGACCAAGCAGGGCCUUGUGGAGACAGAAGUGACGCUGUCGAGGAGCUGGAGAGGAAGGUGCUGGAACUGAAUGAGCACCAGCGGAAAGUGGAAGAGCAGAUGACUAAAAAACACAAUGGUGAAACCUUUGGAGUAGAGGAUGAGGAGAAAAAGCAGCUUCUCGCUCAGCUCCAGGAGAAGCUGUCAGAGAUCGCCCGGCUAGAGAAACAAGUGGCAGACCUGCAGAGGGCAGCAGAGCUGGGCUCACAGGGCCGCACCUUGCUGGUCGAGGAGGGGAGUUCAAGUGAGAGAGAACAGCUGCAGGAGGCGUUGACUGUCCUUGAGAAGGAGAAGAAAGCCAGAGAAGCUGCCCUCGCUGCUUUGGAAUACCAGACUAUGGGCAAAGAGGAGGCACUGGCAUCCUUAGAGGAGGAGAGGAAAGCAAGGGAGGAGGCCCUCGCCUCACUUGGGGAGCUGAGGCAAAGCAAAGAGGAGGCGCUAGCAUCCCUCGAAGAAGAGAGAAAAGAGAAAGAAAAAGCCAUAGCAGCGUUUGCAGAAAUGAAACAAAGCAGAGAGGAGGCUCAGUCUUUUCUGGAGAUGGAAAGGAAGGAGAGCUGCAGGCUGGUUGAGGAGAGAGAAAAGAGGCAACAGGAGGGUGAUGCUCUCCAACAGGAAGUCAGAGAGCUAACGGCCAAACUGGAAGCCGCUGAGCACCAGGUUACGAUCGAGACUGCGAGAGCCGAACAAGCACUGGUCCAGCUACAGUCUGCUCAGGCUCAGCUGGGUGAACACGCAAAGGAGAUCCAGGAGAAAACAUCCCAGAUCCACACCCUGACGCUGGAAACUCAAGGCCUGAAACAGGAACUGCAGGCCCCAGCAGCAUCAUCCGGUUGUGUCACUGAUCAGCCGAGGGAAGAGGUGUCAGAGUUUAGGGAGAAUCUGGCUGAUGAGAAGGAGGAAAGUGAGAGCAAGCACAGACAAAUACUGGAGCUGCAGCAUGAGCUAGCACAGGCAAAGGAACAGCUGGCACACACACAGCAGCUGGAACAGUUGAAUGAGAAGCUCACUGAACAGGAAGAAGCUUCAAAACAGCAAGUUGAAGAGCUGAGAAAGAAGCUUCAGGACCAAGAGGAGAUGUUGCAGCGACCACUGGAUGAGCUCAGAUCCAAGCUUGAAUGUCAAGAGCAUGCUUCCAAAGAAGAAGCAGACCAGCUAAGAGCAAAACUUGAGGAGCAAACACAAGCCUGGGAAAAACAGGUAGAGGAGCUCAAUGAGAAGCUGCGAGAACAGAAGGUGAUAUCACAACAGCAGCUGGAGGACUUAAAACACAAACUCAGUGAACAAAAAGAAACUUCUGACAAGCUCUUUGAUGAUCUGAAGCAAAAGUUUGAUGAGCAGACACAAACUGCAGAGCUGCUCAAGGCCGAACUAGAGGAGGCUAGGUUCAAAGGUUCACACAGUUCUGCUGCAGAAGAAGACCUCAAGAGGUUAAACUCUGAUCUCCAGACAGAGGUUGCGUCCCUGAGGGCAAAGGUUUCCAACAUGGAAGAAACACAGGAGUCUCCUUGUAAAACCGAAGCUCAGCUAGCCUCUUCUGAAAUGGAGAGAAUGCUGAAAGAAAAGAACAAGCAGAUGGAGGAGAAGCUAGCAGAGUCUGAGAAAGCGUCGGCAGAGAGAGAGGCGGAGCUGCAGAAAAAGCUGCUGGAAAAGGAAGCACAGGUAACCACCCUGCAGAAGAGCCUGCAGGAGGUGCAGGAGCAGCGAGAGGAGGAGGAGAGCCAGGCGGUCCAGGAGACCCGGCGCAGGGAGGUGGAAAGGCGCAGGGAGCUGCUGGCCGUGGCACACGAGGCCAUCGCUCAGAAGGACGAGGAGCUGGAGAAGAGAGCAGAGGAGAUCAGCAGACUAAAGGAAAAUGCCAAGCAGGACUCAGAGAAAGUCAAGAGCCUCGGCCUCGACCUGCAGAGGAAAGAAGACGACGCAUCAGACCUCAAAGAGAAACUGGCCGACUACAAGAAGCAGAUGCAGCAGGUUCAGAAGGAGAUUUCGGCCAUGAGAGAAGAAGAAAAGGCUUUGAGGCAGAAGCUGGCUGACAUGGAGAAAGCCAGGAAGCAGCUUCAGUCUGAGCUCACCAACAGAGACAGAAUCAUUCAGCAGCUCAGAGUGGAGCAAUCAUCUGACUCCAAGUCUGACCAGACACUGCAGCUCUACCAAAAGUCCUGCAAAGACCUUGAAGCCAAGGAGCGCAUUCUGGAGGACAUGCGUUUGGCUCUGACGGAGCAGGAGGAGACACAGGCGCAGAUGGACGAGGUCCUAGAAGAGAAACUUAACCUUAUCCAGGAACUCUCCAGUGAGGUGGAGAAAUUGAAGGGGAUGUUGUUACAGCAGGACCGUGGAAACAACACACACCGUCAAGGUGACAGCCAAUCAGAUGACCUCAAACUGGCUGAACAGAAAGCUGCCCAGGCUCAGGAGAGCUUGAAGCUGUGUACGGGGAAACACCAGGCUGAACGUAAAAAGUGGCUGGAGGAGAAGCUGUCCCUGAUCGGCCAAGCUAAAGAGGCGGAGGACAAGAGGAAUCAAGAAAUGAGGAAGUUCGCCGAAGACAGGGAACGCUACACCCGGCAGCAGCACCAGCUGGAGUCCCUGUCGUCUCAGCUUGCUGAGAAAGAGCAGACCAUGGAGAAGUGGAGGAAGGAGAGAGACACUCUGGUAGCAGCUUUGGAGGUCCAGCUACAGAAACUUCUCUCCAGCCAAGCAGAGAAGGACAAACACAUCCAGCAGCUACGCCAAAACAACGCUCAGCCGCCACAAGAGUGUGGUGAUGGUGGAGCUGGCGUGGCAGAGCUGCAGGCUGCUCUGUGUGAGAGGGAGGCAGACAUCCAGCGACUGAAGGAAGAGCUCAAGGCCUCGGCAGCCAGACAGGCGGACACAGUCACACAGACUAAAAGCAAUGAGAGCCCUGCUACAUUGGUAGGGAAACCCCCGAGUGAAACCAUCAACAGGAAGUCGGCAGCAAGGAGGGAUACCAGAGCGUCGGUGAGCAGUCAGGGCUCAGCUGGCUGUCCGUCAGUGUUGGACUCCUCUGAGAUUUCCACAGAAAAUGGCAAGACGAGCCGCUUCCCUCGGCCGGAGCUGGAGAUCUCCUUCAGCCCUCUUCAGCCCAACCGCAUGGCUCUGCGACGCCAGGGAGAGGAGAGCGCUGUCACGGUCAAAAUCACCCGCUCCGCUCGCAAGAGAAAGAGCGGAGAGAUGGAAAAGUCUCACAUUUUCAGGAGGAGUAAACGACGAGCAACACACGAGGAAGAGGUGGAGGCAGAGAACAGAAGGAACACAAGGACCAAACUGACGCCAAAGCUGACCCCACACCAAGAGGAGAUCUCCUCCACAGCGGGUCGCCACGACUCCCGCAGCAGCAUCCGCAGCAGAAAGGAAGGAACGCUACAGAAGAUCGGAGACUUCCUGCAGAGCUCCCCCACGCUGCUCGGCACUAAAGCCAAGAAGAUGAUGAGUCUGGUGAGCGGCCGGGGUGAUGCCGACUCCGCGGCCUCCUCUUCCUCCUCUUCAUCCCUCAGUCUGAGAGCCAAGAAGAACAAAAGGAAACUCUACAGGCCUGAAAUUUCCUCCCCCAUGGACAUGCCCGCACACCCGAUCAUCAGCAGAGAGCCAGAGGAGAAAGAGAGCGACCAUCAGAUCAUUAAGAGGCGCCUUCGCUCCAGGAUGGCGAAGUGAUUAACCUUCAUGCAAACGGUCGUAGCAUUUAGCUGCUUACCAGCCCAGCACACGUUUCCAUGUCACAGUGGCUGGAAAGUCUCAGUAUUUAACUGUUCAAAUAGAUUUUUAGACAAGUCACUUUUCUGCAGCUGCUUAUGUGGAAAGGUGUCAGUUAAAGGAAGAGUUCACGGUUUUGGAAAUUACACUUAUUUGCUUUUCUGCUUUCUGCGGGUGGAGCUACAGCCAGGAGGCAGUUAGCUUAGCAUAAAGACUGGAAGCAGGGGGAAACAGCUAGCCUGGCUACAAGUUGUGUAUUUGUUGUGUAAUCUGUUCACAAACAGAAUAUAACAGCAGUUGGUGGUUUUAAGAGCAGGCACGUGCUGGAACUAAUUCUUUACGAGCAGCAGCUCAUCAAUCCACCGACUCCGUGCAGCUUCACUCUGCUUCCAGUGUUGAUGCUAAUUUCAUUUAAUAAGAGAGGAAUCAAUCCUGUCAUCCACCUCUCUGCCUGUCAUCCACCUCUCAGGAAGCAAACAGGCUUUAAGCAAUACCGAUCAAUAAUCAAUAUUUGGCUGAUACUGUUACGUCCACAUUUACCAUCCAAUGACUCCAGAGUCACUGCACAUUAAUGUUAAACAGUAAGCACUCGAAACUGAAAAUAUCUUUUCUCUAGAUUUUAUAGACAAAAGACACUGACUUUUUUUUUUUUUUUUGCUUUAAUGUGCAAUCUGUUACUGGAGUUUUGUGGCUGUGUUGGAGUUUGCUCUGUAUUUUGUGAAUCACUGCUUUGUUUUUACUUAAUGUGUAAACGACAGCCGUUAAAAUUCAGUGUCGUUUUCCUCAUCUAUCUGAUUUAUCCUGUUAGUUAAAGGCACCAGACAAGUUAAUUUUUUUUUUCACCUUUAGUAAACCACUACCUUACUCACUGGAUCAUUUCCUAACAGUGAUUUAAACACAGAUACUAACUGAACAGGUCUCAUGUUUUCAUAACAGUUCUGAUUUUGUAUUCAGCUGUAGAACAUCAGCCUUUGACCACACACUCGAUAAACUCCUGCUGCACUUUAUCUAUUUCCAAGAACAAAGUUAUGAAAAGGAACAAAAUGUGACAGCACACGAAGGCGAGCAACACGAAGACGAGCAACACGAAGACGAGCAACACGAAGACGAGCAACACGCAGGGAAAACUCCUCAGUGGUUUCACUGUGUCCCCGCCACUGAGACACCACCAUGCAGUCCUCCAGGGGCUGAGCUGCAGCUUUAGGACUUGUAGCUGUCUUUAGAUCACUGUGCUGUUUAAGAUGAAGGAAAGCUGAGUAUCUUUAUUUUGUACACUACAUUCAAAUUGUUAAGGCUGCCUGUAGUUAAAAAGGUUUAAUCUCUAAUGUUUAUGUUCUCAAGUUUUGCACUUUCCUGUCAUAUUAUCAUGUUUAUUUUCCUUUUUCAACCUUCGUUCUAUAGGUCAUAUCAGUUA